AUGGACAAUAUGUCUAUUACUAACACGCCAACAAGUAAUGAUGCUUGUCUGAGCAUUGUUCACAGCUUGAUGUGCCAUCGACAAGGUGGAGAGAGUGAAACUUUUGCCAAACGCGCAAUUGAAAGUUUAGUUAAAAAGCUAAAGGAGAAAAAAGAUGAAUUGGAUUCUUUGAUUACAGCUAUAACCACAAAUGGAGCUCAUCCUAGCAAGUGUGUUACAAUACAGAGAACGCUGGAUGGGAGGCUUCAGGUGGCUGGUCGCAAGGGAUUCCCUCAUGUGAUUUACGCUCGUCUUUGGAGGUGGCCUGAUCUUCAUAAAAAUGAACUCAAGCAUGUUAAAUAUUGUCAGUAUGCUUUUGACUUAAAAUGUGACAGUGUCUGUGUAAAUCCUUACCAUUAUGAGCGUGUAGUAUCGCCUGGCAUCGAUCUCUCAGGACUGACACUACAGAGUUCUGCUCCGUCAAGCAUGUUGGUGAAGGACGAGUACGUUCAUGACUACGAGGGGCAGCCGUCAUUGUCUUCUGCCGAAGGCCAUUCAGUCCAAACCAUCCAGCACCCACCAAGUAACAGGGCAUCUACAGAGCCUUAUAGCACCCCAGCCAUGUUAGCUCCUACUGAGGCUAGCACUACCAGCACCACUAAUUUUCCCAACAUUCCUGUGGCUUCAACAAGUCAACCUACCAGUAUAUUGACAGGUAGCCAUAGUGAUGGACUCUUACAGAUUGCUUCAGGGCCUCAGCCAGGAACUCAGCAGAAUGGGUUUACAGCUCAGCCAGCUACUUACCAUCACAAUAGUACUACAACUUGGACUGGAAGUCGGACGGCAGCCUACACACCCACCAUACCUCACCACCAGAAUGGCCAUCUUCAGCAUCAUCCACCUAUGCAUCCUGGACAUUACUGGCCAGUUCACAAUGAGCUUGCAUUCCAGCCUCCUAUAUCAAAUCAUCCUGCUCCAGAAUAUUGGUGUUCCAUCGCAUAUUUCGAAAUGGACGUGCAAGUGGGCGAAACGUUUAAGGUCCCUUCAAGCUGUCCGAUUGUUACUGUUGAUGGAUACGUGGAUCCUUCUGGAGGAGACCGUUUCUGCCUGGGCCAGCUUUCCAAUGUGCAUAGAACAGAAGCCAUUGAGAGAGCAAGGUUGCACAUAGGUAAAGGGGUGCAGUUGGAGUGCAAAGGAGAAGGCGACGUGUGGGUUAGAUGCCUGAGUGACCACGCGGUCUUCGUUCAGAGCUACUACCUGGACAGAGAAGCAGGGCGUGCACCAGGGGAUGCUGUUCACAAGAUUUACCCAAGUGCAUAUAUAAAGGUGUUUGAUUUACGCCAAUGUCAUCGUCAGAUGCAACAGCAGGCUGCCACCGCCCAAGCUGCUGCUGCUGCUCAAGCUGCAGCGGUAGCAGGAAACAUCCCUGGCCCAGGAUCAGUAGGUGGAAUAGCCCCAGCCAUUAGUUUGUCAGCUGCUGCUGGAAUUGGUGUAGAUGACCUUCGCCGCUUGUGCAUACUCAGGAUGAGUUUUGUAAAAGGUUGGGGACCUGAUUACCCGAGACAGAGCAUCAAAGAGACACCGUGCUGGAUUGAAAUCCACUUACACCGUGCCCUCCAGCUCCUAGAUGAAGUACUUCAUACCAUGCCUAUUGCAGACCCACAACCUUUAGACUGA